GGUGCAAAAUGGCGGCAGGAGGCGAGGAAGGGCGAGCGGCGGAGCCAGAGCCGGAGCCGGCGGCGGCGGCGGAAGAGCCACGGAGCUUCAAGGACCUGGGAGUGACAGAUGUCCUGUGUGAAGCUUGUGACCAGUUAGGAUGGAAGAUGCCAACAAAGAUCCAAGUUGAGGCUAUUCCAGUGGCUCUCCAAGGCAGAGAUAUCAUUGGACUGGCAGAAACUGGCUCUGGAAAAACAGGAGCCUUUGCUUUGCCAAUUCUUCAAGCACUGCUGGAAACACCUCAGCGAUUAUUUGCUCUUGUCCUCACACCAACAAGGGAGCUGGCCUUCCAAAUCUCAGAGCAGUUUGAAGCUCUUGGAUCUUCCAUUGGUGUCCACAGUACGGUUAUUGUGGGUGGAAUUGACACGAUGUCUCAAUCUCUGGCCUUAGCCAAGAAACCACAUGUAAUAAUUGCAACCCCAGGCCGUCUAGUUGAUCAUCUAGAGAACACAAAGGGCUUCAACUUACGAGCUCUGAAGUUCCUAGUGAUGGAUGAGGCUGACAGGAUCCUUAACAUGGAUUUUGAGACAGAGGUGGAUAAGAUACUAAAAGUGAUUCCUCGAGACAGAAAGACAUUCCUGUUUUCUGCUACCAUGACCAAGAAGGUUCAAAAACUCCAGCGUGCUGCUCUGAAGAAUCCUGUUAAAUGUGCUGUGUCUUCCAAAUAUCAGACAGUUGAAAAACUACAGCAGUACUACAUUUUCAUCCCCUCCAAAUUCAAGGACAGCUACCUGGUUUACAUCUUGAAUGAACUAGCUGGAAACUCUUUCAUGAUAUUCUGUAGUACAUGUAACAACACUCAGAGGACUGCUCUACUGCUUCGCAACCUGGGGUUCACUGCCAUUCCCCUCCAUGGGCAGAUGAGUCAGAAUAAACGCUUGGGCUCUCUGAACAAGUUCAAGGCAAAGGCACGUUCUAUUCUGCUGGCUACUGAUGUUGCAAGCAGAGGUCUGGACAUCCCACACGUAGAUGUGGUGAUAAACUUUGAUAUUCCUACACACUCUAAGGAUUACAUUCAUCGUGUUGGGAGAACAGCUCGAGCUGGGAGAUCUGGCAAAUCUAUCACCUUUGUCACACAGUACGAUGUAGAGCUGUUCCAGCGCAUUGAACACCUGAUUGGCAAGAAGCUGCCAGCAUUCCCCAUGCAAGAGGAAGAAGUUAUGAUGCUGACAGAGCGUGUGGCUGAGGCCCAGAGAUUUGCUCGAAUGGAGCUGCGGGAGCAGGGAGAGAAGAAGCGAUCUCGCAAUGAUGAUGAUGACACAGAAGAAGCUAUUGGUGUCAGGAAUAAGGUGGCAGGUGGGAAGAAGAAGAAAAGGAAAGUCUUCUAGUUCACUAUUUGGACAGACUUUUUUAUGGCUGCAUGAGCUCGGCAAAACCAGUCUACCAAGCCACCUCCAGUGGAUUUUUUCAGAACUGCUUAGGAAAUUGGGCAGUCCACCUGGAAAGCAACUUCCUCUCUUCUGCUUCACCAGUUACAGACUGAGCUUGGUCCAUUGUGGUACCAUGGGACCAGUCUUCCUUUCAGAGACACCACACCAUCACCUCUGGACCUGAAAGUAGCUGUGGUCUGGCCCUGCUCUUUCACAGAGAAGUGCAGUGUGAAUGCAGCUUUCCCACUGCUGCAGCCUGUUUCACUACCCAAAGUCACCAGGUGCACCUGGGGUCAGAUAGGUCUGUCAGAAGAAAGAGAGGAAAAAGUUAAAAGUAACUGCGUUUCCACAGCACAGCUGUGAUGCCCUUGCCUUAGUGAAGGGACAUGUGGUGUGGAGAAUUCCAAAUAUAUUUUGCUUAAUUUUAAAGCUACCUGGUUUUCCUUGUCUUAUCGCUGCCAUGUUCUGCUCAUUUUGAGUGUCAGCUCUGCCAGAAGGUUUUCUUAGGUCAAUCUUGGCGAUUCAGACGUGACAUCAAUACCUUAGAUGUGUCAGCUGAAGAGUGGCCCAGCGCAGAGAGAACCUGUUUCGGCAGGAUUAGGCUAUUCACUGCCUGGAAUUCCAUCCAGAAUCUGUAAUGGUUGGCAAGAUCAAGAAGAGGUUUGGGGUUUUAUUUUUUUGUGGCUGAUUCUUGUAGU